UUACGUUAAGCUAAUGGUGUUGAAUGACACUUUAUGAUGAUCAACUUUGACAAGUUCUCAACCACGAAGCUUCUGCGAUCAGCAGCCAGAAGCUUUUUUAGACUGCUGAACGAUCGUUCCACUUCUACAGUGACCAAAGUAGCUGGUCUAACCAACUCAAAAUCACCAUCUGUCCAGCCUUCUAGUAAUAAUUCGUCAUCACAUUCUUCAUCUCUUAAUCGGUGGCCAGUAUUUAAAAAAUGAUCGACUGCUACCAUCUUUUCAAACCCGAUUCUGAAAGGGUCCGAAAGCGUUUUUGUAAAAGGGUCAGGCCUUCCAACAAACAUGAAAAAUUUCUUUGAAUUUCUUGAAAUUGCUCAUGAAGAUGAGGUCUUCUGAAAGCAACUUUUGCUCGUUCAACUGACUGGCUAUUUACUUCUCAAGUUUGCACAGCAUGGUUUACAUGAUUAGAAUGCUCACUGUAAUAGCCAGCACCCUCAAGCCAAGUACCCCAUCUUACAACAAUAGGUCCUGGUGGAAGUGGUAUACCAGGGGCCUGGUCUUUAAAGUGAGCGAUUCUUAUUGGAACCUUCAAAAAAAUUUUUUUGGUAUCAGCAAUAAUGUCAUUCACAUUAUCGUAAGCAUUUCUAACUUCUUCUGCAACACGAUGCAGUGUAUGAGCUAGGCAAGUUACGUUUAUGAGCUUGUAAAAUCCAAAGUCUUCCUCAAGUAAUCUUGCAGAGCUCUUCAUAUAUGGCGCUGCAUCAGUGUUGUAGAGAAGAAGUUUUUCGUGGCGGAUUCCAUUUUAACAUAUCUUACGGGAAAUCGGGCUAAAAAUCAAGAGACAUCAAAUAAAAUAGCAAUGAUUAAUAACAUUUCUAUAAAUCCAACAGUUGAAAUAAUUAAAAGUACACAAAUUGAUCAAAGUUCUUAUUCCAACGGUAAUGAAGAAAUAAUUUAAAAAAAACUUGAUAAAGCAAGUGAAAUUUAUAAAGUUGGUCCUUAUGUUAAUGCUGGACAAAUAAAUAUUGAUAUCAAUGAUGCAACACGUGAUCAGUUGCCAGAAACUGAGAAGAAUAAUAAAAGUAAUGAAAUAAUUUUGAAUCAAGCAAACUCAAGUAAUAUUUAUAAUAAUGUUCAACAAAUAAGUUUCAAUAUUGAUGAUGGAACACCUGAAGAGUUACCGAAGACAAAUGAUACAAAUGAUAAAAGUCAAGAUGAAGCUGGUGUUUAUGAUAAAGAGAAGAAAGAAAGAAGAAUAAGACAACUUAAUAAAGCAAGUAAAAUUGAUGAUAGUAUUAAUGAUGAAUCUGGACAAAUAAAUGUGGAAAUUAAAGAUAAAACAAAUCAAAGUUCUACGUUAAUAAUAAGUCAAGAUUCAAGUAAGGAAGCUGGUAUGAAUGAUGUUGUUGAAAAAUCGUCUUUGGAUGGUGAUGAACAAAUAACUUGUGAUAAUGAUGGUGCAACAAAUAUACAGAUACCAGAGACUAAUAAUAUUGAUAAAAAUUCUACAUGUAUAAUGAAUCAAGUAAAAAUUAAUGAAGCUGGAAUGAAUGAUGUUGUUGAAAAAUUGACUUCGAAUAUUGAUGGUAAAACAUGUGAAGAGUUACCAAAGACGAAUGAUAAAAAAAAUAAAAGUCAAGAUGAAGCUGAUGUUUAUGAUAGUGAUAAACAAAUAAUCACUGAUAAUGAUUCAACAAAUGAACAGACUAUGAAUAUUUAUAAAAGUUCUACAUGUACAACAAAUCAAGUACAAAUUAAUGAAGGUAGUCCUUAUGUUAAUGCUGAACGAAUAAAUAUUGAUAUCAAUGAUGCCAGUGAACAGCUGCCAGGAACUGAGAAUAAUAAUAAAAGUAAUGAAAUAAUUUUAAAUCAAGCAAACUCAAGUAAUAUUUAUAAUAAUGUUCAACAAAUAAGUUUUAAUAUUGAUGAUGGAACACCUGAAGAGUUACCAAAGACAAAUGAUACAAAUGAUAAAAGUCAAGAUGAAGCUGGUGUUUAUGAUAAUAUUAAAAAAACAAGUUGUAAUAACAAGGAUGUAGCUAAUUUGCCAUUGUUCGUGAGGGAUUCAAUAAAUAAAAAGAAAGAGAAGAAAGAAAGAAAAAUAAGACAACUUAAUGAAGCAAGUAAAAUUGAUGAUAGUAUUAAUGAUGAACCUGGACAAAUAAAUGUGGAUAUUAAAGAUAUAACAAAUGAAAGUUCUACGUUAAUAAUAAGUCUAGUUCCAUGUAAGGAACCUGGUAUGAAUGAUGUUGUUGAAGAAUCGUCUUUGGAUGGUGAUAAACAAAUAACUUGUGAUAAUGAUGGUGCAACAAAUAUACAGAUACCAGAGACUAAUAAUAUUGAUAAAAAUUCUACAUUCUAA